AGCAAACAGCCCACUCAAACCAGAGGAAACCCGAAAAUGCUCGCCCUUCGCAAAACCCUCCUCCACGGCCGCCUCCCUGCGCCGCCGGCCGCCGCCGGGGCCGCCCCGUCUCGGAUCUCCUCCAUCCUCCGCUUCCUCUCCUCCUCCUCUACCGGGGGCAGCGGAGGUGGGGACGAAUGGGGCGCCUCCUCCUUGCCCAGCGGGGGCGGGGGUGGGGACGAAUGGGGCUCCACCUGGUCCACCGGACUCACCAAGGACCACUUCGACGGGUCCUCGCCCUCCGUCGGCCGCCCGGUCCCGUCCCCGUCGGCGCCCGUCUCCCGAGAGCUGGCGGCCGUCCGCGCCAUGGACGAGGAGGACAAAAUGAUCCGGGACCUGGAGCGCGACAACCGCGAGUCGAAGGCGUACGUGGAUUCCUGGGGCGACCGGAUGCGGGAGACCUGCGCGCUCCUGAAGCAGGUGCGGGAGCCGGGCGCCCGGGGCUCGUACCUCAAGGACUCGGAGAAGCAGGAGAUGUACCGGCUGCAUAAGGAGGACCCCGCGACGUACACCGUGGAGCGGCUCGCCAAGGACUUCCGCGUCAUGCGGCAGCGCGUGCACGCCAUCCUGUGGCUCAAGGAGAUGGAGGAAGAGGAGGAGCGGAAGAGGGGCCAGCCACUCGAUGACUCCAUCGAGAUCCUGCUAGACAGCUGCCCAGAGUUCUUCAAUUCCCAUGAUAGGGAAUUUCAUGUGGCAUCCCUUCCAUAUAAACCUGACUUCAAAGUGAUGCCUGAGGGCUGGGAUGGCACAACAAGAGAUCCUGACGAGGUUCUAUAUGAAAUCUCAAUGAAGGAAGAUAAGAUGUUGUAUGAAGAAUUUGUUCAGCGCUUGGAAUUCAACAAGAAGAAGGUGGCAGGGGAGGUUAAGUGCCACAAGUACAGCAGACGCAGACCAGAUGAUGGAUGGACCUACAUGGUCGAGAAGCUUGGGCCGCAGGGAAAGCGCGGUACAGGAGGAGGCUGGAAGUUCAUCAGCUUAGCAGAUGGAUCUAGCCGUCCACUAAACGAUAUGGAGAAGAUGUAUGUGAAGAGGGAGACUCCAAAACGGCGGAGGAGGAUAAUGGCGCCAUAUAAGUGAUGGGGAUAACUGUUUGUUUCAACGCAAAUUUUCUCAACUGUCUUUAGAUAUUCUCCAGGGUGGCUGAAGCAGAAACUCUGAAGUAGAUCUGAACUGCCAGUAUCUGUCCCUUGUUUUCGCAGCACAGUAGGUGGUUUGAUGUAUUUUGUCUUUGGUAACGAAGAUUCAUUUCCCACAUCUAGGCAGCUGAAUAAUCGUAUUGCAAACCGUCGGCGUGCCUCCAUCUUCAAUUCUUCAUACAUUGCCUAGCAACUCAUUUCCUAGGCACAUUGUUCAUGAUCCUGGAUUGCGAGGUGACACAUUUUGUAGUCGAUAGCUAUCCUACCUUUUUACAUCUUGACAUUUGUCAUUCGUGGAGACUUGAA